UUUACCUUUCAGAAAUUAUUUUUGUUCUGACAUGUUCAACUGAUACAUUAGUCCAUUUAAAAUUUCGCGGGAUAUUACACCCCUUCUCUGCAAAUCAAUGAAAGAAACUGUUGCCUUCUAUGAAAAAGUUCUUGAAUUCAUUUCCAUCGUAAGGCCUGGAUCGUUUGAUUUUGGCGGGGCAUGGCUAUUUGGCCACGGGAUUGGAAUUCAUUUGCUGCUGGCAGAGGACCCUGAAAAGAUUCCAAGGAAGAAUGAAAUUAAUACAAAGGAUAAGCAUAUCUCAUUCCAGUGUGAUGAAAGCAUGGAUGCAGUAGAGAAAUAUUUGAAGGAUAUGAAAAUUGGUUUAAAACGUGCAAUGGUUGAGGAAAAUGGAAUUCAAGUGGAUCAGUUGUUUUUUCAUGACCCAGAUGGAUUCAUGAUUGAGAUAUGCAAUUGUGAUAGUCUCCCUGUUAUUCCUUUAGCUGGUGGGAUGGUUACAUUAUGCCCUAGACUCAACUUUGAGUCUAUGCCACAACAGAUAGACCAAGUUGCAAAGCAAAUUUGAUCAUGCUCGAUGAGGCCAAGCUUCUUAUUUUAUCUUAAUUUUGUGGUGGUGGAUAAAAAGAAUAAGUUAAUUGUCAAUGCCUUUGUGAUACCAGGUUCCUUUG